AUGAAAACACUGUUAAAUAAUAAGAAAUAAUUAGGGUAAUAGGAAACUUAAACAAAGUAAUUACAGAAACAUGAAUCUACAGCAACAGUUAGUCUGAUAUAUCCAUAGUUGAAAUAAUAAAAUAGAAUAACAUCUGCUUAUUAUUCAUCGAAGUUGAUAAAAGGUAAUAUAAGAUGGAUAAAUAUUUAGGACUUCCAUUAAGUGCAUAACCAAUAGCAAGACCAAUAAAGAAGGUUCCAUAAUUACAAUAUCCUUUUUUUUAAGAAUAACCCUAACAAUAAAUUCAAUCAAUUCAUGAUGAAGAUGUUUAACAAUCUAAACAAACUCAAGAACCUGAAUUUGAAAUUAGAGCUACUACAGCUCCUGAAGGUGCUAAAAGGAAACCAAAACCAAUUUAAGAUUUCAGAUAAUUGAUUUAACGAGUACCUUAAGUAAUAAAAAUGGAACCGACAACAGGAUAAUUUAUGAUUUAAAAUAGAUUUCCUGAAUAUAUUGUAAGAAAUAGAAAAUUAAUGAUAUUAGAAUGAUUUUGAUGAAUUUACAGUGAAUCCACAUGUUCAUAAACAUAUGGAAAGAUUAAAAUCUUCAACAAGAUUAGUACAUUAUUAAUAAUUACCUCGAAAUUAAUCAUCAAAAUUAGAAAGAUAGAGAGAAUUAAUUGAGAAAACAAUAUCGAAUCGUCCAGUUUAAUCAUAAUAAAUAAAGAAAAGAAAAUUAUUGCCUGAUAAUAGACCUAAAACAACAAAUUAUAAGAGAGAGAAUCAUUUAGGUGAUUGUUGGAAAGAUUUAGCAUAAAAAGUUAUAAUUUAAUCUAAUACGGCAUAUAAAGGUAAAGAAGAAUCAAUUCAUGAAUCGGAGAAAUCAUUGACUCAUUUGGAUUUAGAAUCAAAUGUUUUGACAUAAAAAGAGAAAGAAUAUAUUAAAAAGAAAAGAAAAUAAUUUUUAGAUGAUUUAAGACCUUAUUUGGAGAUGAAAUAAGCAUAGGCAGAAAAGAAAAGAGCAUUGGCUAAAAGAGAGGUUUUAUUAGAUAAAUUUGAUUAACAUAAUUCAUUAUUAAGUGAAUUAGAAGAUGAUGGAGAUUUAGCUAAAGAAGAAAGUAUUGAAAUGUUAGAUGAUGAAAUUUAAAUAUUUGAUAAACCUUUAGUUUAAUAAUAAAACUUUUUUGCUAAAGUUGAUCCAAUAAAUCGUUCAUUUGAAUAUUAAUUGAAAGAAACUCAAUAAAAAUUUGAAUAAAUGGUUAAAGAAGAUAAUAAAUUAUAUGAAGAUGCUCAAAAAAAUAAAAUAGAUAAGCCGGCUCUAUUUUUAAAAGUAGGAGAACAUUUUUCAUUAGAUGAAAUUAAUUUAGUAUUAAGAGAAUUAAAGAAAUCAGUAGAUGAUAGAAAUUAUGAAUGUAAUUUAAAUACAUAUUUUAAGUGUUGGAUGGAAUUUGUAAAAAUUUAAAGUUUUUUUGGUAAUUUAGUAAAUAAACAAGAAUUUUAUUAUUAAAAUUAAGUUCUUUAGUUUAUUAUAAAUGCGGCGAAUAUAUAUUUUAUGAAGGAGACGUGGGAGAAUAAAUGUAUAUUAUAUUGAAUGGUGGUUGUCAUGUAAGAAUUAAGAAUCCUCAUGUUGCUGAUUGUAAUCCAAUUGUAAGUACACUUUAUACAGGGUAAUAAUUUGGAGAAUUAGCAUUGAUUGAUUCAAAUACAAAAAUUAAUAGACCGGAUCAAAAUUAAUUGCAUUCUAAUAGCAAAUAUACAUUGAAUUAAAUAAGAAAUGAAAUGGAAAGAUAAGAAUUAUAAAAAGAAAAAGCAAAAAAUUGGUGGAAAAAAGAUUAUAAUGAAGAAGAAAAAUAAGAAUAAAUUAAAAUAUAACCAAAGAGAAGUGCUUCUAUUGAAUGUGCAGUAGAUACUUAUUUAUUGGCAAUUUCAAGAGAUUACUUUAAAAGCAUUAUACUUAAUGUAAUUACUUCAGAACUUGAAGAUAAAUUAAAAACAUUAUUAACUAUGCCUUGUUUUGAUGUAUUAUUGCAUAUAUAGAUAAAUAGUUUCUAUCUUAAAUGGAAUUAAUACCUAUAGCCAAUCUAUUAGAAAGUGAAACAUAUAGAUUAGGUUAAGUCAUUUUAAAAGAAGGUGAGCCUCAAAAAUAUUUUUACAUUGUAGCAAGUGGUAGAUGUAAGUGUGUAAAGGAAGAAGUCUUUAUUAGAGAUUUGAAAGUAAUGAGAGCUGAUGAUCCUAAUUUAAAAAAACCACUUAAAUGCGGACUUAUUGAUUGUAAUAUAUAAUAAUUAUUAGAGAUGCUUAAAUUAGAGAAGAUAAGAAAAUGAGAGUCAAAAAUACAUCUUUAGAUUUAGAGAAUGUUCCUGGAUUAGGAGUUCCUUAAUCUUUUUAAUAUUAAGAAAUAUACAAAAAUAAAGAAUAUAUGGCAUUCAAAUAUCAUUUUCUUUAUAAGGAAUUUGUAAGAGGUGAUUUUUUUAUGGGUAGAGUGUUGUUGAAUGAAUAUAAAUUAUUUGAUGAAGAUAUAAUGGAAAUGAAAUAUGAUUUAUCAGAAAGAAGUAGAUUGACAGUGAUAAGUGAUGCAGCAAAGACUGAGGUUUAUAAAUUAGAUAAGGGUUUAUUUCAUUUAGUGACUUAACCUUUAAAGCAACAUUUAAUAGAUGGAAUAAAGAGAAAACCAGAAUUUGAUCAUAUAUUUGAUAGUGAGGAAGCAAAGAAAGUGAAAAAGUGGGAUGCAUAUAAAAUGAAUUUAUUUAAAGCGGUGAUGGAGUAAAAGGAAUUGAAAAAUUGA